UUUGUGUCCCAAAGGAAUCUAUAAAUAUGAAACUUGGACACCUCGAUUAAUACAUCAUUAUUAGAUCGAGCAACAGACAGUCGAGGUUAUACAAAAUAAGGAAAGCAAGGUAUAACAACAUUACGCUAGCUUGCUAAGAACGUAUGAAAAUCCAACUACAGGAGAAAAAUGGCUCAAAGAUGGCAUUCUUGGACGUAAACCCCCCUGAGAGGCUUUGCAUGCCGAUUGUUAAUCAUAUUGAAUCACUGGGUGGUGAGGUCUGGCUUAACUCACGAAUAAAGAAAAUAGAGCUCAAUGAUGAUGGAAAUGUGAAAGGUUUUCUUCUAAAUAAUGGCAAUACAAUUGAAGGAGAUGCUUACAUAAUUGCAACUCCAGUUGAUAUCCUCAAGCUACUUUUGCAUGAAGAUUGGAGAAAGAUUUCAUACUUCAAGAAAUUAGAUAAAUUAGUUGGAGUUCCAGUUAUCAAUGUUCACAUAUGGUUUGAUAGGAAAUUGAAGAACAUCUAUGAUCAUCUACUGUUCAGCAGGUCUUCCUACUUCAUUCAUUAGCCCUUUAAUUUGCCCCCUCUUUGCUAUAUGUUUAGCUCUCGUGCUUGUUAUCUGCCUGCCCCAUGGUAGCUUUAUGAAUUUUUACUAAACGUCUUUCUAAAUUCAUGAUAUUCAUGUAGAAAUGGAACUAGAAUAAAUUUUGAGGAAGAAAGUUAUUUGCUUAUAAGAAAGUGGAAACCAUAGUGUAGGGAUAUUAUUACUUCCUGUCUAGGGUCUCUGCCUAUUGAUAGCCAAGCAAUGCCUGAAACAAAUGGAGGUAAUCAUGUGUCCAAUAGUCAUCAAACUCCAGUUUCCCAAUCUAAGGCAGAAGGUAAGCAACCUAUUGAAGUCACUGUUAUUGAUGAACAUGGGAAAAUUACUUACAAAAAUUGACUUAGCCUUGGAAGGGGAACCUAUUAAUUAUUGGCAACUGUCAAAUCCAAAGAACGGUUGGAUAUAGAAGUGUAAUUUUAACUCAACCUUCCAUGAGAAUUGAGAAAAAGGAAAGUUUGAGAAAGUAAUAAUUAUAAAAGAAUAAAAUGAUAGGUGCAGAGACAUUACUGUUACUCUCCCUUUAAAUAAUUUUUUUCGUUAUAUAAAAGAGGUUAACUGCAUUAGCUUUUUGUCUCCUCAUUCAUGCAUGCAACCACUAAUUAAUGAUUUAUUGUUUUAUGCAGGAAUAUUACAAUCCAAACCAAUCCAUGCUGGAGUUAGUUUUUGCCCUUGC